AUAUGCGUAUCUUAAAUGCCUAUAUUAGCCUCACCUCCUCCUCCUGAAUUGUUCAGCGUUUUGGGGAAUUCAAAAAUACCACAAAUGUCCUCGCCGGAUCGUUCCGCCGUCUUCCCCCUCCUGAUCGACAUCGCUCUCUCCUUCGACGGAGCCAUCCUCGGAGUAACCCUAGCGUUAGGCGCCGUCCGCGCUGCCUUCAAGUACGCCUCCACCUCCGCCGCGUUGAAUAAGAUCAAAGACGCCCCCGAAGUCUCCGUCUCCGAUCUCCGAUCUCUGAUCCCGCCGUCGUCUGGCGACCAAUCCGAGACGAGCGAUGAUCAGCAGCGUAUCGUCGUGGUGCGAGGAACGGUCAAAGCUAAGACUAACAGCAACGUGUUGACCUCUCAGGAGACGGGAGAUAAAGCACUUAUCAUUCAUAGAUCUCAAACUUAUGUGUAUAGUGGAUGGAAGACAUUGUUUCAGUUGACAAAUGGUCACCGGUUUCUUUUGGAAAGAUCUUUGCCCAAACAAGGAGCUGACUUUAUGAGAAUGGUCCCUUUUGUUAUAGUUGACGACACUCAACCAUCAUCAUCUAGCUUUGUCCUUGUUAACAUGGAUGGUGCAAGGCAGCCUCUUCCGCUUACCACUGUGUAUAACCGUUUGCAGCCUAUUAAUUCAUCUCCCUAUGCGUUUCUUCAAGCCUUGUUCUUCCCUGAGUAUCCCGUUGGUAUGGUUGAUGUAGAGAAGAUAUUACCGCCUGAGAGAGAUUUAACAGCUGUUGGCAUCUGUAGCUUUAACAAUGGAGUUCCUGAAAUCAAGUCCUGCCAACAUCUUCCUUACUUCUUAUCAGAGAUGACUAAGGACAAGAUGAUAAUAGACCUUGCGGAGACCACCAGCGUAAUAUUCUGGGGCGGUCUUAUCAUGGGAUGUUUGUCUGCUGGCAUCCUUGGCUUUGCUGCUGUCAGGGCUUGGAAUAGAUGGAAACUACGGAACCAUGAAGAAAGAGAACAGCAACAGAGACCAGACGAACAGAGACCAGACCAGCCCAUGGUUGCUGAUGAGACAGAAGAUGAGGAUGAGAUUCCAGAUGGAGCACUGUGUGUGAUCUGUGUGACAAGAAGGAGAGUUCCUGCAUUCAUUCCCUGUGGACAUGUAGUGUGUUGCAGACAGUGCGCCUUGGCCGUGGAACGUGAGGUUAACCCCAAGUGCCCUGUUUGUCUCCAAAGCAUUAGAGGAUCUAUGCGCGUAUAUUACUCUUGAUGAUAUGUUAAAUCUUGUCUCACUUGUGUAUUUGAUAAGGUAAUGCUACUUGUAAAACUUAAAAGAGAAUCCGAAAAUGUUAUAACUAACAAAAUAGUUUGACAAAUGAUAUGAAAGUUACUUCAAUA